CUCAUAGAUUUCUUUCACUUUCGGAUUCUUUGUCACGUAAGAGGAAACUAUCCACGGAGCUGUAACCUGCCUUCACUGUUUCAGGAAAUAUCAAUAGUCUAAAUUCAGAUUUUUCUUAGAUUUUAAUUUUCUGGUAGAAAGCAUUAUGGCUCUGGUGGAAGUGAGCGGGUUGAAACCUUUUUCUGAACCCAUCGGGCAGAUUUUCGGCCGCAGACAGACGCACCUGGUUGACCGAACCAAUCACUACAGUUUUGGAACCAAGAUUCAGGAAUUUGCUGUUCCUGUAGGAGAAGAGCCCUCAGGCUUCCUGCAGUCCUGUAACAGUGAGGGAGGGGUGAGUAUUGACCUGAACCAUGGCACCACCACCCUGGCCUUCAAGUUCAGGCAUGGAGUCAUCGUGGCUGUGGACUCCAGGGCUUCAGCUGGACGCUACCUGGCUUCCAAUGAUGUUAACAAGGUGAUAGAGAUCAAUCCAUACCUGCUGGGCACCAUGUCAGGAAGCGCUGCAGACUGUCAGUACUGGGAGAGACUCCUGGCCAAAGAAUGCAGGCUGUACAGGCUGAGGAACAACCACCGGAUCUCUGUAGCUGCCGCCUCUAAGCUGCUGUGCAACAUGAUGCUGGGCUAUAAAGGAAUGGGCCUUUCUGUGGGGAGCAUGGUCUGUGGAUGGGACAAAGAGGGCCCUGGUCUGUACUAUGUGGAUGAAAAUGGGACUCGUCUGUCUGGUCGGAUGUUCUCUACUGGUUGUGGGAACGGUUACGCCUAUGGAGUGGUGGACAGCGGCUACAGGGAAGACAUGACAGUAGAGGAGGCGUAUGAGCUCGGCUGUCGGGGCAUCGCUCAUGCUACUCACAGAGACGCUUACUCUGGUGGAGUAGUGAACAUGUACCACAUGCAAGAGGAUGGCUGGAUUAAAGUGUGUAAAGAGGACGUCUCACAGCUGAUCCAUCGUUAUAGAAAGGGAAUGUUCUGAGUCAAACAUUCAGAACCCUCAUCAACUUCAACACUGUUCAUUGAUGUACAACUAAAACAAAUAAAACUGAGACAGAAACAUGAAUUAAUAGAGUAUGUUUAACAUUUUUUAAUCAUCCCUUUUUUUUUUCAAAAUCCCUAGAAAAUGGCAAAAAUAAACACGUCUCUGAAUAGAAACUGCUUCAUUGUGCUUUUAUAUGAGUAAUUAACAUUUAAAAAUGCCUUAAAUGUUAUCUUUUUAAGUGAAAAAACACCCAACCAUCCGUUGUAGACAAGCUUUACAAUUUUUGGAAAUAGCAUUUUAACCCUUAAAUACUGUUUAACUUUUGAGUUGUUGAGAAAUUUUCUAAAUCAUAUGAUACCAUCACAUCUAAUAAAAAUAGCAAUGCAGUCAUUGAAUAAAAAGACUGUUUUACUUGCUUUUAUUUACUGUUUAUAUUGGGGCAUGUUGGUGUCUAACAAGUAGUGUUUCUUGUUCACUCCCUGGUUCACUCAUACAGACAUUGAUAUGAAAAUUUACAUUGCAAAGCAAACUUGAGCUUUUAUGCUUUAUUUUUUUCCUAAGCUAGUUUAGAAUAAGGACCGAGCAGCUGCUUAUAUGUUUCAUUUAUAUCAUAUUUAUCCUGGAGGACAAUAUUAACACUUCAGUUGGAAGUUGAAAAAUCAUUGUUUAGUUACAUUGCCCGGACAUGUCCUCUUUUUAAAUUCUGUUUGGGGCGUCAGGGACGAGGGAUUGUAAAUUAAUGAAAAUUUCCAGUUUUCACUGUUUUUCAUGGGACCAUAAUCAUAUGCUUAAAUCAACUAAAUAAAAUCAAGUAAAA